UUUCUAAAAUAGAGAAAAUAGUAUAGUAAAUCCCUAUGUACCUAUCACCUGGCUUGAACAGUGAACAGCUCAUGGACAAUCUUACUUUGUGUGUAUCUUUCCCCUUUGGCCCCUUUGGAAGCAAAUCCAUGAAAUCAUAGCAUUUCAACCUUAGCCUAAGUGGCUGUCAGAGCAGAGUGCUAUUCUGAGGGCUUCCUGAAACACCAAGAUAGACCCAGGCCCUGCUCUGCAGAUGAGGCUUAGGCUGUUGCCUCCUUCAGCUUUCAGACACCAUAAUUUUCAAAAUUUGGCCUCAGCUACUGCUGCCACUCCCAGGCUUGCUAAGCUUCUGGAUUCUUUUGAGGGAACUUGGGCUGCUAACAAUCCUUGAAAAGUACUCCUGAAGCUGGGUGGAUGCCUUAGGUUUUGGCAAAUUAAAGUGCCACUUGGCCAAAUUCAAAGCCUUUGUAAAUCAUGUUCUGCCCCAAGGGUCUUGCCAUCCCUAUAUGGAUGAUCUGGGUAGGGGUGUUUGACAUGGAUGGUGAUGUCCCUUUGUGACGUCAGACCAUUGCUGCCAGGGCCACCUUCCCUUUUUUGCCCUUUCCUGGUUAAAAACCCACUGAGGAGGGAAUGGAGGAGCAGGAGUUGAAGCUGCCCCAUUUUGCUCUGGCUCUGCUUCUAAGGGACCUGUCCCCUGUUGUCUCAGAUCUCAGAGGGCAGAGGCGUGUCUAUCAGAGCACUCUGCAAAGCCCCCUUCCAAACAUUCCCAUUUUAUAUUAACCACAGUCAUACCAAAUGAGUAGAGCAGGUUUGUCCUAAUUUCCCCCAGUGAUAAAAUGGCCCAAGGUUCACAGCUGACACGUGGUAGACUUGGGGCUAAGCCCAAGUGUUAGGACUCAAAUCCCAUGUUCUUGCCAUAGGCCAGCAGUUCUGAGUGUGAUCCCAGACCAGCAACCUCAGUAUUAUCUGGAAACUUGUUAAACAUGCAGAUCUUGGGUCCUAUUCCAGACCUAAUGACUAAGAAACUCUGGGAGGGUGGCUCCCAGUACUGUUUUAACAAGCUCUUCAGGGGAUCAUCGGAAUCACAUCUAGAAUUAUAAAACAAACAACAAACAGCCUCCCACUGCCAGCUGCACCCCAAGUGCACUGCCAACCUCUGACCAAGGCCUCCUUCCAAGAGAUUGAGACCUUGAGGCCCUUGCUGUCACCGCCGCUGCCCCAACAUGCAGAUCCAGUCUGAUUCCCACCUGACCCCAAACCCUGCUCCUCAGUGCCAGAAGAGGAAGAGGAAGAGGAAUGAGCCUGGCCAGAACCCAGGUGUAGUAGUUUGGAAGCAGAAUCCCAUCUGGCUUUCAAACAAGCACAGAACAGCAGCUUCAGACUUUCACUGCUGGAACAGCUCAAUUCUUGGGCAUAGUGUCCAAGUUGGGUACUUUACAUCUUUGACUCCAGCUCUGGAGAGUAAACCUGGUUUGCUUAUGUUCAAGAGGUCUUCCCUGUCCUGGCUCCAGAUUCUUCACCAGGUUUACUUUGUAAGCCAUUAAAUGAGGUGGCUGUGCCCCAGCUUAGCAAUGAUCUUACGCUCUGCUGGCCGGGAGUGCAGGCCAAUUUGCAAGGGCAUGUGGGAGGUAUUUACCCGCAAUGGGUAGGACCUAGAGGGAACUUCAAGUUCAUUUCCUUGGAUGGACAUUAAGCUGAGGCCUGUACUGUUUCCCAAGAAGCCCCACUCUCUCUUCCUGCCUCAGCUUCAGAUGACGAGUCUGUGGGUUGGAUUUACUGGGGGAGUGAUUUCGGCAGGGUUCCAGCCUUGGUCUGGUCGGCCCACCGGUUGACUGGAGCGUGCAGCGCUGGAGGCCCUGGGCUGCGUGGGGCGGUAGCCAUGUCGGCUCGGUCCCGGGUCCGCCCGUCCGGCAGGGGGCGCGCGGCGCCCGGGCCGCUCGCUCCUGUCCUUCUGCCCUGUCCCUGCCGGGCUCCGGAGUCGCGGGGGCGGGCGGGAGCGAGAUGGCGGCCGCCAGGAGCCUCAUGGUGCUGGCCGCUGGCGUCUCUCCGCGCCUGCGGCCGCUGGCUCCCUACACCCCCGGGCGACAGGGACGCCCGCGCGGCCUCUCGACCGGCUGCAUCCGCCCCGACCGCACGAAGGCGGCCGCUGAGGCUGAGGCGGGGGCGGCCCCCGACGGGCCUGGGGAAGGCGACGGAAGCAUGGUGAACGCUUCUAGGGACCUAUUAAAAGAGUUUCCACAGCCCAAAAAUCUUCUCAACAGUGUGAUUGGAAGAGCCCUUGGCAUCUCACAUGCAAAAGACAAAUUGGUCUACGUGCACACAAAUGGACCAAAGAAAAAGAAAGUCACCCUCCACAUAAAGUGGCCCAAGAGUGUGGAGGUAGAAGGCUAUGGCAGCAAGAAGAUCGACGCUGAGAGGCAGGCUGCGGCCGCGGCCUGCCAGCUGUUCAAGGGCUGGGGUCUGCUGGGUCCCCGGAAUGAGCUGUUUGAUGCAGCCAAAUACCGCGUGCUAGCCGAUCGCUUUGGCUCUCCGGCUGACAGCUGGUGGCGCCCAGAACCCACCAUGCCACCUACUUCCUGGCGGCAGCUGAAUCCUGAGAGCAUCCGGCCAGGGGGACCUGGGGGCCUAUCCCGCUCCUUGGGCCGGGAGGAAGAGGAGGAUGAGGAGGAAGAGCUAGAAGAGGGGACCAUUGAUGUCACUGAAUUUCUGUCUAUGGCCCAGCAGGACUCCCACACCCCACUCAGGGAUUCGAGGGGGGGUUCCUUUGAAAUGACAGAUGACGACAGUGCUAUUAGGGCUCUGACCCAGUUUCCGCUUCCCAAGAACCUUCUGGCCAAGGUGAUUCAGAUAGCGACAUCGUCCUCCACAGCCAAGAACCUCAUGCAGUUCCAUACUGUGGGCACCAAGACCAAGCUGUCCACCCUCACCCUACUCUGGCCCUGUCCCAUGACCUUUGUCGCCAAAGGGCGUCGCAAAGCAGAGGCAGAGAAUAAGGCGGCAGCCCUGGCUUGUAAGAAACUGAAGAGCCUGGGCCUGGUGGACCGGAACAACGAGCCACUCACCCACGCCAUGUAUAACCUGGCCUCCUUGCGCGAGCUGGGUGAGACCCAGCGCCGGCCGUGUACCAUCCAGGUGCCUGAACCCAUCCUCCGCAAAAUAGAGACCUUCCUGAACCACUACCCCAUGGACAGUUCAUGGAUCUCCCCAGAGCUCCGGCUGCAGAGUGAUGACAUCUUGCCCUUGGGCAAGGACUCGGGGCCGCUGGGUGACCCUAUCACAGGCAAGCCCUACGUGCCCCUGUCAGAAACAGAGGAGCUGCGUCUGAGCCAGAGCCUGCUGGAGCUGUGGCGGCGGCGAGGGCCGGUCUGGCAGGAGGCCCCCCAGCUCCCUGUGGACCCUCAUCGGGACACCAUCCUCAGUGCCAUCGAGCAGCACCCGGUGGUGGUCAUCGCCGGGGACACGGGCUGUGGGAAGACCACGCGCAUCCCCCAGCUGCUGCUGGAGCGCUACGUGACCGAGGGCCGAGGUGCUCGCUGCAACGUGAUCAUCACUCAGCCGCGCCGCAUCUCAGCUGUGUCCGUGGCACAGCGGGUCAGCCACGAACUGGGCCCCUCCCUGCGCCGGAAUGUGGGCUUCCAGGUGCGGUUGGAAAGCAAGCCUCCAGCCCGAGGCGGGGCUCUGCUCUUCUGUACAGUGGGCAUCCUGCUACGGAAGCUGCAGAGCAACCCCAGCCUGGAGGGCGUGAGCCAUGUCAUCGUGGACGAGGUGCACGAGCGGGACGUGAACACGGACUUCCUGCUGAUUCUGCUCAAGGGCCUGCAGCGGCUCAACCCGGCCCUGCGGCUGGUGCUCAUGAGUGCCACAGGUGAUAACGAGCGCUUCUCCCGCUACUUUGGUGGCUGCCCUGUCAUCAAGGUGCCCGGCUUCAUGUACCCUGUCAAGGAGCACUACCUGGAGGAUAUCCUGGCCAAGCUGGGCAAGCACCAGUACCCACACCGGCAUCGGCACCACGAGUCUGAGGAUGAAUGCGCUCUCGAUUUGGACCUCGUGACUGAUCUGGUUCUGCACAUUGAUGCCCGCGGGGAACCAGGUGGGAUCCUCUGCUUCCUGCCUGGGUGGCAGGAGAUCAAAGGAGUGCAGCAACGCCUCCAGGAGGCCCUGGGCAUGCAUGAGAGCAAGUACCUCAUCCUGCCAGUGCACUCCAACAUCCCCAUGAUGGACCAGAAGGCCAUAUUCCAGCAGCCUCCUGUUGGCGUGCGCAAGAUUGUCUUGGCCACCAACAUUGCUGAGACCUCCAUCACAAUCAAUGACAUUGUGCACGUGGUGGACAGCGGUCUGCACAAGGAGGAACGCUACGACCUGAAGACCAAGGUGUCCUGCCUGGAGACCGUGUGGGUGUCACGAGCCAACGUGAUCCAGCGCCGGGGCCGGGCGGGCCGCUGCCAGUCAGGCUUUGCCUACCACCUGUUCCCGCGGAGCCGGCUGGAGAAGAUGGCCCCUUUCCAGGUGCCGGAGAUUCUGCGCACGCCCCUUGAGAACCUGGUGCUGCAAGCCAAGAUCCACAUGCCAGAGAAGACGGCAGUGGAGUUCCUCUCCAAGGCCGUGGACAGUCCAAACAUCAAGGCGGUGGACGAGGCCGUGAUCUUGCUCCAGGAGAUCGGGGUGCUGGACCAGCGGGAGUACCUGACCACUCUGGGGCAGCGCCUGGCCCACAUCUCCACUGACCCACGGCUGGCCAAGGCCAUAGUGUUGGCUGCCAUCUUCCGUUGCCUGCACCCGCUGCUAGUGGUCGUUUCCUGCCUCACCCGGGACCCCUUCAGCAGCAGCCUGCAGAACCGGGCGGAGGUGGACAAGGUGAAGGCACUGUUGAGCCACGACAGUGGCAGUGACCACCUGGCGUUCGUGCGGGCUGUGUCUGGCUGGGAGGAGGUGCUGCGCUGGCAGGACCGCAGCUCUCGUGAGAACUACCUGGAGGAAAACCUGCUCUAUGCGCCCAGCCUGCGCUUCAUCCACGGACUCAUCAAGCAGUUCUCAGAGAACAUUUAUGAGGCUUUCCUGGUGGGGAAGCCCUCGGACUGCACCCUGGCCUCUGCCCAGUGCAACGAGUACAGUGAGGAGGAGGAGCUGGUGAAGGGUGUGCUGAUGGCGGGUCUCUACCCCAACCUCAUCCAGGUGAGGCAGGGCAAGGUGACCCGGCAGGGCAAGUUCAAGCCCAACAGUGUCACGUAUAGGACCAAAUCUGGCAACAUCUUGCUGCACAAGUCGACCAUUAACAGGGAGGCCACACGGCUACGGAGCCGAUGGCUGACGUAUUUCAUGGCUGUUAAGUCCAACGGCAGCGUCUUUGUCCGGGACUCCUCCCAGGUGCACCCACUAGCUGUGCUGCUACUGACCGACGGGGACGUCCACAUCCGUGAUGAUGGGCGCCGGGCCACCAUCUCCCUUAGUGACAGUGACCUGCUGCGGCUGGAGGGCGACUCACGCACCGUGCGGCUGCUGCGGGAGCUGCGCCGGGCCCUGGGCCGCAUGGUGGAGCGGAGCCUGCGCAGCGAGUUGGCUGCACUGCCGCCCUGCGUGCAGGAGGAGCACGGGCAGCUGCUUGCGCUGCUGGCGGAGCUGCUGCGCGGGCCCUGUGGCAGCUUUGACGUGCGCAAGACAGCUGACGACUAAGCCCCGUCUCCGCUGGGGCCAUGUACAGAGUGCAAAUGUUUAUUUAAAAUAAAGUUCUAUUUAUCCCUUGUGA